GCAUAGCACCUUAUUUAAUCCACUGUCGCUUCGAUAAGUUACUAUGUCACAUGAAAUAUGUUCAGUUAUUAGGGUUUCACUGUCGCUAAUAACCUAAUUAACUACGAUUCAUUGUAUUGGUGGCCAGUCAACACAAAGCAUUAAGAAAUUUCAUGCAAUAGAGAUUGGAAGAAAAGAAUCAUAAAUCAAUCUAUCAAAUCAAGAGAUAGCUACAUCCUAUGGUGUUUCCCCCAGAAAUUGGGGUUUAGUUCAUGACGAAAUCAAAAGGUAUAAUCAUGUUAUUAUUGAUCAUGAAACUAAUCAAGGGAAAAGGAGAAACACUACUAGAAUAAUUGCGAUCAGUGUCCACUCGCUAAUUCCCCUGCUUGCUGUCUCGCGAUCCCGCUACUCGAAAGAAUAAUAGGCGCCCCCGCUGCGCUCUUCUCCAAUUAUUUCCUUCGCCCAGAAAAUCCCCCCAGUCCGCGCUACUGCUUCUUUCCGCCUCCCCAGGAGAAUUCCCUCUAAUUAAUUCCUUUCUCCCCCAGAUGUUCUCGCCCAAAAACCCCUUAAGUGCCGCCCUCUCCUUUUGAUUAUAAUUCUGUGUGUCAGCUUCUCUCUUCAAUUUCCCCUUAUUUCAUCCCGCCCCAGCAAUUUUUUACUUUCCAAAGAAUUCCGUCCAAAUCAAAUUGCUUGUGUCCCCCUCAAUUCCAAGAAUGGCCUUUCCCUUCCAAUAAUUCCCUCUGUCCAGCCCAAUUCUUCUCCCGUGUCCCAUUAACAAGUCCAAUUCCGCCAGCAUUAAUUCAAAGUCUCAUCCAUUUGGGCUUUGGCCCAAUUACUUGUUGUGCACUCGCUUCUUUUUCGUGUUUUCUCCAUCUGUAACAUAUCAAACUCAUGGCACCAGGCAAAAAUGGUUUUUCAACCAUUCUCGGGUUAGGGAGCCCUAAAAUACACCAAUCGGCUUAAACAUAUCAUAGGAUAGUCACAUAAAGUUCAACAAUCCGAUAUAUUAAAGCCGAUUAUCAAACCCCACACUCAAUUGUUGUUUGUCCCUAAGCAACGACUCAAACAACACAAACACAUAAUCAUCCAAAACAAUGACACACCACAAACUCACUAAUCAAACACUCAAAGCAAAACACAAAAUUUCCUUGUACUCUUGUUGUAAUCAGUAGUUUCUUUCUCAACGGACAAGUUAUGCUUUAAUGAUCAUACCUUUCACCCCACACUCAAGUUCUUUGCAACCAUUACCAUUGACUGACUCAAAUCCAUCAAAAACUCAAAUAGCAACACUCAAAUUCGAUCGUCAGUAGUGGGUGGUUAACAACUUAUGGUGCAACAAUUAUUAGGAGAGUCUAACCACAUCAGUGAGGUGCAUAUCUCGUGAGGACAAUCUGGCUUACUCACACCAAUCAUAAGCAAUUAAUUAUGCAUGAGUCUCAAAAACUAAUGGGGGAAGCCUUUCGCAAACAAGAUUUUAAUUUUAAGCACAUCACUACCUUUUAUGACAAGGAGAGGCUUUCUCUCUUUCUGCUUUUGCUUGCCGAGAAGUCGUAUUUAGUACAAGUGGGAUUUGUUUCUUACUACCGGUGACCGAGCAAGAGCAAUUUCUGCUUCUUAGCACUCGCAUAAGGGCUUCUUUUAACUCCUUAUCCUCGGUCCGUGUGGAGGGUCACUGCACAUCCUCAAAUGGCACUUCACUCUACUGGGGAUCGUACUUGAUAAGCAACAUCGUACGGUCGCGAACCGAUUCUCAAUUGAAUCUUUCCUAAUCCCCAUGUGCAAUGAGUGAUUGCCUCACACGAUUUUGGCAUUUUUACCCACACUUUAAUUGUUAUGGCAACUUUCUUAUAUUUUACUUGUCAGGUAGUGUUUUCUCAUUUUAUGAAGAUACAGUUCACCCCAUCUAAAACCUUCAAAACAGAGAGACUCGUUGCAAAAUCAAAAGCUCACAAUUGAUGCAAGUAAGCACGGUAUCCAAACAUAUCGAAUGGUCAAUGUUCUCCACCUAACUACUUCACCAAAAGUCAUUACACUAUCCUCACAAAAGAGAAUGUUGCUAAAAGAGUUGCUCACUCAAAGCACAUCAAGUCAGUCAAAACAUCAAUCUCAUUGUGAAGAACUAUGCAAUUCAACAAUAGUGGGGUGAUUUUGAUGAUUUUAUUCAAGCACAAACUCAUUUUCAAGGCAUCACGGUCAUUUACAUCAUGUUACCACAAGAGUACAAGGUUUUGUUUUUAAUUUUUCUGAAUUUUAGGUGUUUUUUAGCCAUUAGCUUUGCACAGGUAGCCUGCUUUUUACACAGGCAAACUGCAUGCAGUUUGGCUGUGCAUAGCCAAAUGACAGAAUUUUUUUUGUUUUUUUUUUGUUUUUUUUACCACAUGCAACAGGGACAAACAACACUAAGACUCACCAAUGGCAAUUUUUUUUUUACCUUUUUUUUACUUUUUUUUUUACUGACCACAUGACAAAAGGAACAAACAAACACUAAGACUCGCCUGGUGUAGGGAUGACAGGUGGUGACACUUUCCUUUUGUAAUUCUGGAGAUGGAAGAUGAUCGGGUAGUGCCUCUAAUUCUCGGCAGACCUUUUCUAGCAACCGGUGAUGCACUCAUCGAUGUUGGGAGAGGCAAGUUGACAUUCCGAGUAGGUAAGGAGGAGGAAAUUUUUAAUGUCUUUCAAGUUGACCAUAAUCAUGAUGAAUUUAAAAGUGGAGCUCGAGAAAGCAAAAAUUCCUCUUCCUGUAAUAGUGGACCACCCAGAGAACUAUCACAUGUCCUAGCAGCUCAAAGUCUGAAAUCAAAGCAAGGGCAGAAAUCCUUGCCAGGGCACCUCAAGCAUAGAUAUUUGGGGGUUAAUACCUUAUUUUGGCCCGAACUAUGACCAUAUAAUCAACUUUGGCCCGUGGUUUCAGAAAUUAACAUCAUGGCCUCAACUAUGCAGCAUAUAGACUCAAUUGGCCCGACACAUAGUUUGACCGUCAAUUUGGAUGGUCAACUCCGUUGACCGUUAGUCAACACGCCAUGUCAUUGUCUAGUCAACCUAAAAAUUAUUUAUUAUCAAAUUAACCAAAAAUAAAUUAUAAAAACAUAAAAUAAUUUUUUUUAUUUUUGGAUAAUUUGAAAAUGAUAAUUUUUUAAAUUAAACAAAAUUUAUCAAAUUAUUUUUUAUUUUAAAACUUCCCAAAAAAAUAUAAUUUAUAUCAUAAUUUUUAAAUUAUAAAAUUUAAUUUGAUAAUUUUGGUUAAUUUAUAAAAUUUAUUAUUUUCAAAUAUCCCAAAAAAAUUGUUUUAUAUUUUUAGAAUUUUAUUUUUUGGUUAAUUGGAAAAUGAUAAAUAAUAGAAAUUAGGAAAAUAAUUUGAAUUUGAAUUUUUUAAUGAUUUUUAUGCUGACUAGGCAAUGACAUGGCAUGUUGACUAACGGUCAACGGAGUUGACCGUCCAAAUUGACGGUCAAACUAUGUGUCGGGCCAAUUGAGUCUAUAUGCUGUAUAGUUGAGGCCAUGAUGUUAAUUUCUGAAACCACGGGCCAAAGUUGAUUAUAUGGUUAUAGUUCGGGCCAAAAUAAGGUAUUAACCCAUAUUUGGGUAAGGAUUUCAAUCUUCCUGUUAUUAUUCCUUCUUCACUGACAUUGAAACAGGAAGAGUACCUGCUUGAGGCGCUGCAGUACCACCUACGCCUCACUAAAGGGUCUAACAUGCCAGCUAAGAAGGUCAUACCCAAUUUUCGCACACCUGGCCCUGCAGAGGUGACUCAUAUGCUGGAUGGAGGUUAUGCAUUCUAUCAUUGCUCGGGAGGGUAUUCUGGAUACCUUUCCAUACCCAUUGGUUGAAAGCUCCAUGAACGUCAGGCUGAGGACGUUAAACAAGCGCUUCUUAGGAGGCAACCCAAGGUAAGUUUUCUUUUCUUUAUUUUUCUUUUUUGUUUUGUCAAACCCGUGCAUGUUUAGAUUAGGAGUUGAACAUUAGGGACAAUGUUCCAUCCUGAGUGUGGGGUGGUGAGUCUUAGUGUUGUUUGUCCCUGUUGCAUGUGGUAAAAAAAAAGUAAAAAAAAAAAUAUUUGCCAUUGGUGAGUCCUAGUGUUGUUUGUCCCUGUUGCAUGUGGUAAAAAAAAAGUAAAAAAAAAGUUUGUCAUUAGGUUGAGCACAGCCAAACUGCAUGCAGUUUGCCUGUGUAAAAAGCAGUCUGCCUGUGCAAAGCUAAUGGCUAAAAAACACCUAAAAAUCAGAAAAAUUAAAAACAAAACCUUGUACUCUUGUGGUAACAUGAUGUAAAUGACUGUGUUGCGUGUGAAAUGAGUUUGUGCUUGAACGAAAUCAUCGAAAAUCACCCCACUAGUGUUGAAUUGCAAAGUUCUUCACAAUGAGCUUAAAUGUUUUGACUGACUUGAUAUGCUUUGAAUGAGCAAACUCUUUUAGCAACAUUCUCUUUUGUGAGGAUAGUGUAAUGACUUUUGGUGAAGUAGUUAGGUGGAGAACAUUGACCAUUCGACAUGUUUGGAUACCGUGCUUACUUGCAUCAAUUGUGAGCUUUUGAUUUUGCAAUGAGUCUUUCUGUUUUGAUGGUUUUAUGAUGGGGUGAACUGUAUCUUCAUAAAAUGAGAAAACACUGCCUGACAAGUAAAAUAUAAGAAAGUUGCCAUAACAAUUAAAGUGUGGGUAAAAAUGCCAAAAUCGUGUGAGGCAAUCACUCAUUGCACAUGGGGAUGAGGAAAGAUUCAUUUGAGAAUCGGUUCGCGACCGUACGAUGUUGCUUAUCAAGUACGAUCCCCAGUAGAGUGAAGUGCCAUUAGAGGAUGCAAUGACCCUCCACACGGACUGAGGAAAAGGAGUUAAAAGAAGCCCUUAUGAGAGUGCUAAGAAGCAGAAAUUGCUCUUGCACGGUCACCGGUAGUAAGAAACAAAUCCCACUUGUACUAAAUACGACCUCUCGGGAAGCAAAAGCAGAAAGAGAGAAAGCCUCUCCUUGUCAUAAAAGGUAGUGAUGUGCUUAAAGUUAAACUCAUGUUUGCGAAAGGCUUCCCCCAUUAGCUUUUGAGACUCGUGCUUAGUUAAUUGCUUAUGAUUGGUGUGAGUAAGCCAGAUUGUCCUCACGAGAUACGCACCUUACUGAUGUGGUUAGAUUCUCCUAAUAACUGUUACAUCAUAAGUUGUUAAUCACCCACUACCGACAAUCGGAAUUGAGUGUUGUUAUUUGAGUUUUUGAUGGAUUUGAGUCAGUCAAUGGUAAUGGUUGCAAGGAACUUGAGUGUGGGGUGAAAAGUAUGAUCAUUAAAGCACAACUUGUCCUUUGAGAAAGAAACUACUGAUUACAACAAGAGUACAAGGAAAAUUUUGUUUUGUUUUGAGUGUUUGAUUAGUGAGUCUGUGGUGUGUCAUUGUUUUGGAUGGUUAUGUGUUUGUGUUGUUUGAGUCGUUGCUUAGGGACAAGCAACAAUUGAGUGUGGGGUUGUGAUAAUUAGCUUUAAUAUAUCAGAUUCUUGAACUUUAUGUGACUAUCCCAUGAUAUAUUUAAGCCAAUUAGUGCUAUUUUAGGACUCGCUAACCCGGGAAUGGUUGAAAAACCAUUACUGCCUAGUGCCAUGAGUUUGGUAUGUUAUAGGUGGAGAAAGCACGAAAAAGAAGCGAGUGCACAAGCUAUUAAUUGGGCCCAAAUUGCUUUGUCUCGGGAAGGAGACGCAAUUGGGCCGAGAUUAAUUUUGGACCGAGAGGCAGAAGGCAAAAGAAAAGCAGCAGCUUAUUUGGAACUUCUCUGGGAAUGGACGGAAUUGGCCCAAAGGGGGGAAUUAUUAGAAAAAUGAAAUUGGAUUGGGACUACGGAGAGGGGGGUGGAAAAUCACUUUGGGGAAAAGAGAAGCGGCCAAAAGAGGGACACAGGAAUUCUUUGGGCGAGGGAUAGAAAAGCAGGCGCAGCGGAACAUAAUUGCGAAGGGAAUUAAAGAAUAGAAAGCAGGUCGCGCGCAGAGAUUGGAGCGGCGAUUGGCAAUUGACAAUCGACUUCUUCAAGGCUUGAGCGGAUUUCAACGAGAGCGAUUAGUUGGUUGGAUUUUCUGAACCGAACUAGUUGUGUAUUGUUGAUUUAGAACAUGAUGAUCAAAACCCUAAUGUUUUAUCUUAAUUUCAUCAUGAACUAAACCCCGAUUUCUGGGGGAAACACCAUAGGAUGUAGCUAUUUCUAUGUUUGAUGGAUUGAUUCAUAUUUCUUUUCUUCCAAUCUCUAUUAUGAAAUUGCUUAAUGCUUUGUGUUGACUGGCCACCAAUACAACGAUUUGUAGUUAAUUAGGUUAUUAGCGACAGUGAAACCCUAAUAACUGAACCUAUUUCAUGUGACAUAGUAACUUAUUGAAGCGACAGUGGAUUAAAUAAGAUGCUAUGCGGUCUUGAUUGGGAUAUCGUUCUUCAGGCUAAAUAAUUAACUCAUUGAGCUACGACAGUAGGAUUUGAUUUAAUUUUUUAGUACGUAGUAAUUCCCGACAGGGAUAGCUAGCACAUUAGUGAUAUCCUGGCUGUAGAGAAUUGGAUUAAACUGAUUGGAAUAUGUGAAUUAAUUUGGAUAGGAUAGGUAGUGAAUCCCGGUGUUUCUCCCAGAGCUUUCUCCCAUCGAAUUUCUCCCGACAGUUUUCAUUUAGUUAAUUUGUUUAUUUUAUUUUGCUUUUAGAAAUUAGUCUCAUUAAACUAUUUUCACUUAUAGUUUGCUCAUAAAUUUGAUAGAAUAUAAGGUUGUACCAGUCCCUGAGAGACGAUACCCGGACUUUCCGGUUUAGUACAAGAUAGGAUUAAGGCAUAUACGCUUUUGGCCCUAUCAAAAGGAUUUGCAGUAGGGAGGAUUGCAUAUGUUCCACCAGGUUCUGACGAUGUAAUUUUCCUCUGAAUGGUACUCACAAAAGUCCGCGGCGCUCUCAGUUAUGCUCAUCUCAGAACUGUCAAUGGAGAACUUUGUGCAGAUUUUGAAAAAACUUGUGAACAAUUGGGGCUGUUAUCAGAUUCUUCAGAAUGGAUACGUGUCCUAUCCGACAUCUCGACUUCUAGCAUGCCACGGGUGAUACGGUGCACUUUCAUGUCAAUCCUUAUGUUCUGCGAAAUACCAAGCCCAGUGGCUUUGUUCAAUUGAUCAUGGAAAUCUAUGGCUGAAGAUUAUGCGUACAGGUUAACCAAAGAUCUCAGAGAUCAGUCUCAGAAGCCCACUGAUGAACGACUACAAAACUGGGUCCUACAUGAAUUGCAGGCUAUGUUGAGCUCCCACUCAAUGAUUCUUGAGGACUUCAAUCUUCCAAUACCGUCUGAUAGUUCAUAUGAUAAUGGAGAGAACCCACUCAUUAACGAGCAUCUUGCCUUCGAUACAGACCAGCAACAUGCACUGGCCACCUCUAUGCUACAUUCUCUAAAUCUUGAGCAAACUAAUGUAUAUUCGGCUGUCAUCAAUUCAGUCCACAACAAGAUGGGUCGUGCAUUUUUCAUAUAUGGUCACAGAGGUACAGGCAAAACGUAUCUCUAUAAUGUCAUUACAGCAAGACUUAGGAGUUUGGGGAAGAUUGUUGUAUUGGUUGCAUCAUCAGGGAUAGCAGCAACACUUCUUCCCAAAGCAACCACUGCACAUUCAAGGUUUAAAAUUCCGCUCAUUCUAGAUGCAACAUCGACAUGCCCCAUUAAACACGGAACACAUUUGGCUGAUAUGUUAAAAGAAGCAUCCUUAAUCAUUUGGGACGAGACACCAAUGACCCAUCGGCAAGCUUUCGAAGCAGUAGAUCGCAGCUUGUGCGACAUACUGAAUGUUCCACUGACUGGACAUCAUUAUAAACCUUUUGGAGAGAAGACAGUUCUUUUUGGUGGAGAUUUUCGCCAAACUCUUCCGGUUAUAACAGAUGCUGGACGUGAACAAACAAUUGAUGGCUCAUUGACUAGGUCCAAGCUAUGGAAUACUUUUAAAGUAAUGUGCCUAUCAACAAACAUGCGCAUCACAGCGGUCCAGCCUGCUGACCAACAGCUAAUGCAUGGAUAUAGGUUUCCAUAAUGGGUUAUUGCUUUAGGAGAUGGAAAACUUAAAGCAAGAUCGUUCAGAGAAGAUGGGCCAACAGAUUGGAUACAAAUACCACAAAUGUUCCUGAUUGAUCCCGGAAAUGACUCUGUUCAGUCAAUCGCAGAUGAUAUAUACGAUAUGUUUCCACACAAUCAUAGGGAUCCAGCAUACCUAACCAGUAGAGCUAUAGUAACUCCAACGAAUGCAACAGUCUCUACAAUCAAUGACUAUAUGCUGCAGCGGGUACUAGACAAUUCAAAAACCUAUUACAUCUCAGAUUCCUUGCUGCUAUCAACAGAAACAGCAGAUUCGUUUGAUGAAAGCUAUCCAACGGAGUUUCUCAACACUCUCACAUUCAAUGGAGUUCCGGACCACAAGCUUACAUUAAAGGUAUUCACACCAGUUAUGCUCCUACGCAACCUAAAUCCUGGUCUUGGUUUAUGCAACGGGACAAGGAUCAUGAUCACAACAUUAGGAGAUAAUUUUAUAAAGGCAACAUUAUGGGUGGUUCUUACGACACUGACGAAGUCAUUAUACCAAGAAUAGUGCUCAAUGUGGAGAACUCCAAGUGGCCUUUCAUACUCAGAAGGAGACAGUUCCCAGUACGCUUAUGCUAUGCAAUGACUAUAAACAAAAGCCAAGGACAAACGCUUGAAAAAGUUGGGAUAUAUUUGCCUGAACCCGUUUUUAGCCAUGGCCAGCUAUAUGUGGGAGUUUCAAGAGUAAAAUCAACAAGAGGUUUGAGGAUUCUUAUACAAAACCCAGCAGAGAUCCCUCACGACAAUACAAGGAACAUAGUCUUCACCGAAGCCUUUGCUGAUAUUAUGAACACCUAAACUAUAUAUCAGGUGAACCCAUUAAAUUUAUCAGGCUAAUUGAUACGUAUACCUGCAAAUUCGCCUAAAAAAGGUUAAUUUUUUUGUAGGAUUGCAGCAAUGCCCUGAUGCAAACAUGUCGAUCCAAAGAGGUCAAUACCUUAUCUUAACGACGUGUCUAGCUAAUAAAUGGUAAAGAAAUGCAUUCAUCUAUGUUUUGGGGAAUUAGUUUUCAAGGAUUGAGCGGUUGGUUUACUUUUGGUUAAGAAAUGCAUCUGUCUAAAUCUUUGAUCGAAUAGUUCGCUAACUUUUACAAACUGCAAUGUUCCAAGCUCAUAAAAAGCUCACAAUGUCAGGUCCAACUUCAACUGUAAAGGAUUACCCAUGGACUGAAACUUUAUUUCUAGCUUACUAGAUUAGUUGCUUACCUGCACAUUAUCUGUUGCAAUCAUGUAUCAGACAAGAACGGUUAAAAAAACCAAGGCUCUGAUGUUUUGACCCCAUCUUCAUUGGUAGAAUUGCUAUGAACCAAACGUUUUCAGGCCCGAACUUGAGCCAUCAAUUGUUUGAACUUCAUAUGUUUGAUGAUAAUGAAAUGAAUUCGAGCCCAACCCAAAUGGUUCUUUAGGGCUACAGAAAAAAUCCCAUUAGAAACCCGCCCAAAAUAAAUACUCCCCUUUAAAACCCUAUUUACCUUCACCAACCAGACCCGUCGUCCACAUCUUCAUCUACCCUUCUCCGCCGCGUAAGCCCCACCACUGAAACUACAAGACAACCUUUAAAACAAAGGUAAGUCCACGUCUCCCUCUUCUUCACCGCCUUUACACCUGAAAAUUUACUUCUGAUCGAUACUUGUGUUGCUUGCACAGAGACCCCACCUAACAUGAAGAGUUUACCCAAAAACCACCAGUCAACAGAGGGCGCUCACAUGGUCCCCACCGAUGACAAAGGUGAAUCCUUCCAUUUCUGUUAAAAAAUUCUCCCAUGAAUCUCGAACCCUCUGCAAGAAAGAUAAAAUACCCAUUUCGUUUCCCUUUAUUGUCUUAUAGAUCCGAUUGAAACUUGCAUGCCAUUUCGGGGGUUGCGUUUGGGCACAAAUGUUCGCACAGUUAUUGCUCAUCCUGUGAUUACAUGGCUCGAAUUCCGAGAGGCACCCAAGCUUAAAAAUCUCAACAUGCACAUGAUUUGGAUAGAUAAGAAGGUUUGUUUACAAUUCAGUUACAAGAUUGCAUAAUCUUUCCAUAAAUGAUUUUUGACCACUGCAAUGUACGAUUUGAAUUCGAUCAAAUGUUAUUCUUAUAGGCACGAUUGAUCGAGUCAAUGGUUGAUGAAAAAGACAUCACCGAGAUUUCUCACAAGAUAAAGGUCGGGAACCUUUAUCGUUUUGAUUCGGUUGUGGCUGUACCAGCAAGAGAGAAUCCAAAGAUUGUCCUAGGAGAGUUAAGGGUACACAUAACUCCCGAACAAAACAUUUCCAAGAUUGAAGAGGACCCAGAUGACCCACGUUUACCUAUCGGCUGGGACAUUGGGAUGGCUUUUUCGAUAAUACCACUUCAUACAAGUACCAUUGACUACCAUACAGGUACAUUUGACUAUCUCUGUUCGCCAUACUAAAAUGAAUUUAAACUUUAAAA